UUUCAGAAGUAACCCUCCCAACCCUGUCUGUAAGUGGUUUUAAUGUUGUGGCUAAUCAGUGUAUAUAUUAUCCAUCUAGUGCAGCAUCAGCACCUCUUGCUGGGUCAAUGCGGUGCCGCACUGGACAAAUAUUAUGCGACCAUAGUGCGCUGCUUAUUCGAUCUUAAAAAAACAAACAAAACUGAGGCACACUGAAAUGACAGCGAAUAAUGUUUACAUUGUACUUGAGGGCUAGAUACGAGGUAAUGGUAUCGUGUGGGAAUAACAAAUUUACGUUCUGAGAUACUUGAAGUCUGGCGCGAUUACGUAGCGCGCGGCGCAGUGAUGCUCAUGUCCAGGAUAAGGACGGGACGGGAGACCUCGUGACUGCAGGAGGUAAAGGGGGAGACUCGAUCCAGGAUAAAACUCCUUCAAAGCGAACACCGGGGGUGGGGGGGAAGAUGUAUUCAGAAUUCUUUAAAAGUAACUUGCAUCAUUUGAAAAUGAGAACGGCAUAGGCAGUUCAUCUCAAACUGCUUCGGCGCGAGUGCUUUCAUUCUCCCUUUGUUUUGAUUUUUUUCGUCUGAUAACUUUAGGGUUUUGCUUCAUGAGACGUCUCAUUCAAGCUCAGGUGGGGGCUGUUGGGCUCUCUGGUGAAAGAGACACUUUGGUGUGUGUUGGGCUGGAAGUGAUUUUUUUUAGUUCUGCUCCGCUAAGUAGCGAAAAGGCCAACCUGCUCCGCUGGCCUGCGGAUGCGGCAGCCACUCGGCCUGCUUAAGGAUCUGGGUACCGCAAUGCCGCGGGGAUGGGGGAGAGAGAGAGAAGGCACGUGGGCGACGGACGGAGUUGAAUUAAGGGAUAAAGGAGUACGCAGAAUAAAUGUUGACACAACAUAAAUGUGUCAAUACCAACAUUAAGUUUAAACAGUUGUGGUAAGAAUGUUAUGGAGAGCCUAAUCGUAGAAUCUCGUGAUACUUUCUGUGGGGUUAGGUUUAUGUGAUUUUUCAAGUCAAGUAAAGUUUUACGAACGGUUUUCCCUAUUCUGGAUGACCUUCUAAGAGUAACACCCCAUAUAUAUUGAAUUGAGCUACAUAGUCACCUAAUUUAGGACGUGUUUAACAAGCCAUAAUGCCCUCACCUUCGGACUCCAGUAGCGUUGCCUCAAUGUCAGGAUCUCGAGGUCUGUCUGGUAGUCGCAGAGGAAUGUCUGGGAGGACAAGUGCACGCGUGCUGCUUUACCUGGGCUUGUGUCACCUUGCACUAGGGGGUAUGGUGCUCGCCUUCAGCUUCACAAGCCUGGCCUUCACCUCUUCACCCCGUGUCAGACAGUCCUGUCCUUUCUGGGCUGGCUUUUUCGUUGUGGCCUCAGGAGUGGUGGGUAUGAUAUCAUGGAGAAGGCCCUUCACUCUUGUAGUGUCACUGUUCAUGCUGCUGUCUGCAGUGUGUGUGAUUCUCAGUCUGGCUGGUUCCAUGCUCUCAUGUCAGAAUGCACAGAUGGUCAAAUCUUAUCUUGCCUGUCAGAUGGAGAAUGGCCUGUGUCUUUGCUGUGACCCCAAGCAGACUUGCUCUCCAUCAGAGGAUGAGACAUUAGUGCUCUACCAACAUGCAGAUUGCCACUCGGUGCGUCACCAGCUCAAGGAUCUGCUGUUUAGUGCCUGUGGUCUCAGUAUUCUCUCCACCAUUAUCUGCACUCUGUCAACUGUCACCUGUAGCAUCCAUAUCUUCUCUCUGGACCUGCUGCAUUUGCUGGCUCCUAAUCGCUCCCGCUCUGUUAACCCAGAAUGCACCCCUCCUCAGGAUGCAUUUCUCAGUAACAUGAUGGACUUUGAGGAGUUUGUUCCGCCCAUUCCCCCACCCCCAUACUACCCUCCUGAAUACACCUGCAGCUCAGAGACGGAUGCACAGAGUGUCACAUAUAAUGGAUCAAUGGAGAGUCCAGUGCCUCUCUACCCAACUGACUGCCCUCCUCCUUAUGAGGCUGUGAUGGGUCAAAGGGCUUCUAGUCAGGCCACAGUCUUUGACACACAAGCUGGUGAGCUGUCUGGAGAGAGAGGAACAUCCACAGCUUUCAGUGGUGAAAUGUCUAUGGACAGUGGAUCUCUGUUGAUGUCUGAGAUUGUGGAUAUUCCAGAUGACAGCUCCCCGUCCGAGGACUCCUGUCUCAUGGAAGUGGGGAUGCGGGUGCGGCCCCGGGAGGGCAGUGAUGGAUGGGAGGGGGGAGAGUACAUAAACUUUCGAUGUUCCGCACAACAUCCAGAGGGAACAGUGGCAGCUCCUCCAGGCAUACGCUGUUUCAGAGGGGAGAGAUCGAACUCCUGCUCCUCUCCGAGCACAUACAAAACCUCUACCUACAGGUCUCCAUUGCUGAGGCAUCAAGCUCGGUUGGCAAGUAGUUGCUCUCAGUUGGAGUUGUUAGCGGGCUCUCAACAUUGCUCAAUCCCAGAAAUCCGAGUUCUGCCCUGCACGCCCUACCGACAGGGCACCUCAUCUGCUUUUACCAACCCGUCUACCACUGCCCUGCCCGGUGGUGCUCAAGACUGGCCAGACAACACAGCACCAGUGCUCCUUCCACGCCCGUGCAUCCGUGAACAUACUGACCGUGAUCUUAAAGACAGCGAUGGAUUCUUACCCCUUGUGAGGUCACACAGUGAACCAGGGCUUAGCUCUUCAACUGACACAGGUGAUUUCAGUCUCACAGGAGGCAGUAAAGGAGUCAGUUUGGGGGGAUCUCAGACCUCAUCAGAGACAGGACCAUCAUCUGGAGCUAGUUUGCUGCCUAGCUCCUUUCCGGCACUUCCUGCAUCCCUGCCCAGGAAGGGCAGCGUUAAGGCUGCAAGUAACCGGUUGCCCUCAAAACAGGUCCCAGCCACCUCGCUGCUUUUACCCAAAGACUGUGCACGCUCACUCGGAGACCUCAAGGUCACCAGAGUGCUAGUACAACGUUUUCUGCAGAGAUCGAAACGGAACUUAGUCCCUGCAACUGAUCAUGCUGGAAACUGCACUCAGGGGCUUAAAAGGAGGACAGGAGGCGAGGGAAGUCUGCCUUUAGAGCAGGUGCUUCGAAACUCUUGGUUAGCCACCAGGGGGCAGCAGCAGCAGCAUGUCCACCACCAAUGCCGUGGACACCACCACUCCCAUAGUGACAGUGGCCAUAAUGCCCGCCACCAUGAUGAUGACCCAGUAAGGACCGGGGGUAUCCACUUGAGCAGCUGUGGAGACCUCAGCUCCACAUCUGUUGCAUCAAUGCACAGGCUCCUCCCACCACCGCACGGAUCAUCAGGGGCUCUUUACUAAGCAUCGGCCCUCUGAAUUGUGAUAUGGGAUUCUGGAUAAGAUUACUGUGAUUUUGGGAGAGAAAAAGGAUGAGAGUGGCAGAGAAAAGUUGAGGAAGGAAUGAUAGGAGGGAAUUAGUGUAGAGAUGAGGACAUAUAUCUUGCAGGUGGGCUUGCUGCCAUCUGAAGCAGAUGAAUAUGCUGUUUAAAUAACAGUCUAGGUACACUAGAUUAAGGUUAAAGAUGUUCUUACAGAACACUACACACCUGCACUGAUUUUUCCCCUUAGACCCACUGCUCUCUGUGUUUCAAACACACUGGUGCUGAUUCGUAGUCUUAACCAUCUAUGUUUUCUUUCAUCUUCACUGCAAAACAAUAAAAUAAAUAAAAUAAUAAUAAAUUACAUUUAAUUUAUUUUUAUUUUUUUCAGUAAAAAUUUCUGAACAUCCUUAAAACAAGAUACAUUUAUUUGAGUAAAACUGUGAUUUUUAGAAGAUAUUAAGAUAUAAAGACAUGUUUUCAGAGAAUAUAUCUUGAUUUAAGUUUCAACAAAUUUUGUUAGAUUUAUGCUUAAAACAAGAAAGAAUAAAAGUAUUUGCUACUGGGAUGAGAAAACUAAACUUAAUUCAAGAUAUGUUCUUUUAAUCAAUUUUGUUCACCAAGUAAAUUAUAUUGUUUUAAGGAUGUUUAGAUUUUUAAUGGAAAACAAGACAAUCACUGGUUAAGAAAAUUAUUUUUCAUGCGCUCCUUUGCACUUUCAGGCGGAUUCAUCUCCUGCUCUUUCUUUUCCUCGCUUACUGUGUUUAUGUAGAUUGGGAAAGAAUGUACUCUGCCACUGCUUCUUAUCUUUACAGCUCAUUAAAAUGCACUCACAAAUACAAUCAUUGAAAUAUGCUUGCCCCCACACACUCUCAGACUGUGGAAUUAACAAACAGUUUGUGGUGCAUCCGACCAUUUGCUGCUUUUCACUCAUACGACCAUCUCUCAAAGACUUAACCUUCUGAAUAUCAUAGCAGCAAAAUAAUCCAAACAUUAUCUGUAAUUUAUAUCAUGGCUGUGUUUAACCUUACAUAAUAGCUGAGGAUGACACAGCAAGAGCAUUUUUGGAUUAAUUUGCUUUAUUUGUAUAAAUUCAUGUUUUUUUCUAUAACAGCUGAGCUUCUAUUUUUUGCAUCUGUCUGUUUCCACAUAUUGGACACUAGCUUCCCUGUCAGUGUAAUACUUUAUUACAGAAUGCCUCUGCAUGUUUUAAGAAGGCAUGAUUUUCUUUCUAAAUGCACCCACACACACAUGCUUGUAAAUUGUACUGAUAUAAAGCUACUGUAGAUGCCACUAAUUCAGAGAAAUGUGUGAGGGAAUUAAUGAUUCUACAUACAGAGAAUUCUGUGGCAAUAAACCAUUCUUGUACAGUUACUUUUGGACUGAUAUGUUCAAGGAUUUCCCAAUGAAUCUGGUCAGUUGGAUUAAACUUUGGGCAUCUCUGGAGGGUACAUUUUUGUAUAUACUUUGUUUUGGAUUUUCAUCUGAAGCAACAAUUGCUAUUGCAACUGUUAAGAAGUUCCUGGAAUGUUUAUGGCUUUAAAUUAAUAGCAAUGUUGCUAAAUAAUGUGCUACAUUUGAAAUAUAUGUGUAAAUAAUUUUGAUGCACGAACCCUUACGCUCAUACACACAUUCUGUAACUCUUUGAAGCACUGAAAGCAAGUCUCAAAAUGAGCUUGAUAUUCUACCUCUUGUUUUGCACACUGACAUGUUACAGCCCUUUGGGAAUAUUUGAAAUUAUUUAAGGAUUUUUUAUGGGCUAUUUAUGAAACAACAUCUACACUGACUGAUGAAAAAGAACACUAAAAACAGCUGUACUUCAUGAACUUUAUUGCAAGUUAUUUAAAUAAAAAAUAAACAUAAACAUACAUCAAAUUUAUUUGAAGAGUACUACAAUCAUUAAUCACCCUUACUAUAAUGGCUUUAGAUUUAAUUAGAGUUUUCUUUUAUAUAUAUAUAUAUAUAUAUAUCCCAGACUAAUGCAAGAGCAAAUGUUCACAAGGUGCCACAGAGAAUGUUGGAAAAUGUAGUUUUGCCACACAAGGCCAUUCCCUAAAAAGGGGUAGUUCACCAUAGGUAGUUCAUCCAUUUUUUUAUGCAUUUCAUAUAAACGUUAACCAUAAAUCUUGAUUAUAAUGAAAAUAAAGUUCAUGGUUAUGUGUCAACUACCCAUUUAACAAACCACAAUGAGAGAUGAUUGUGGAG